AUGGCGAAGAUUUCCUCUGUUCUGCUGCUGAUGCUGUUUUUGGCUGUGGGUUUAUCAGAGAAUGGAUCGAUGGGUGCCGGGGUAUUCAGGGAAUACAUAGUCGCACAAUUCAACGGCGUUAAGUUCUCGGAUGUGCCAAUCAUUCCCGGUAAAACUCACGUCCAGUUCAAUCCAUCCUCUGUGUCGACGUGGGUGAAGAAUGCACUCAUCACUCAACUAAAGCAGAAGAAAGUUAUCUCGUUUGCCUCCAUCGCUCCGUUCGACGAUCCAAAAGUGCAGUCCCAUUACAGUGCCCUGUGGAACAAGUACGGCAAAUCGAUCGACUACGUGAAUUUCCAAUUCUACGCUUACGAUUCGAGCACCACCGUCCCGCAGUUUAUCAACUAUUUCAACGCUCAGGAGAAACGCUACAGCGUGGGAAAAGUGUUGCCUAGCUUUACUAGCGACGGCAGCGGAGGGCUCUCCCCUGCCAAGGGUUUCUUCGAUGCCUGCACGACACUCAAGAAGUCCGGCAAGCUCCAUGGCAUCUUUGUGUGGAGUGCAGAUACUUCAAAGUCCAAUGGCUUCAAGUAUGAAAAACAAGCUCAGGCUCUCCUCCACUGA